AUGCCUCAUCAGGCUGCUGGCUACCUUCGCUGCCGCGGCGACAUCCUCCUCAUCCUGAUUCUCUCCUUCCUCGUCGGCACGGCCUUGGGGUCUGCGCUGAUUCGGUGGAGUUCACCCGCCAUCCCGUGCCUGCACGCCCAAGCCGAUGCGCACCCCUCCCGCGGGCCGCCGCUUUGCCCCGCCGUGCAUCCCAGCCGGGGCUCGGAGUUGGAUGGUCAAGAAAGGAGGACAUGGAGCGAGGCGUUCUUGGUGGCCGUGCACACGGGGCAGGUGUUCACAGCGGGUUCGCACACGCCGCACAGGGACAGGUGCCGGCAAUGGAGCAGCAGAACGCAGACGUCCCACGGCGACGACGCAUGGGGGUUUGCAGCAGCUGGUGCACGGAGGCCGGCAGCGAUGACCUCGUGGCUCUUAGCGACGCCAAGCCACGCCUGGCCCUCUACUGUCAUCUGUACAGUGUACACAUGCCAUGGCGGCCGCGCCAUCAAGCUCCAACACCAAGCCAAGCCACGCCUGGCCCUCUGCCGUCAUCUGGACGCAUGCCAUGGGCCAAGUUGGACACGGUCCGGGCCGGUCCGGUCCCUGACCGAGCCGCCGUUUGGACCGGCCGCCGGCGGACCGAACCGGACCGGACCGACCAGCGCCGCGGUCCUCUUUUCAGGCACCGGACCGAUGGUGGUGAAGCUCGGGCCGGACCGAGAGGACCGCCCAUGCAAGCAUAUGGCGACGGUGAGCGGCGGUGCAUGGCGACGGCGAGCGGCGGCGCACGUCCGCAGGAGUCUAGGGGGCACGGGAAGGAGAAGGAGAGGGAAAAUAGCCGCGGUCCUCGCCCUCGCCACGCUCGGCAUGGCCGUCUCCAGGCUAGCCGAGAAGAAGCGCAUGGACACCUCGAGCGGUGCCGGCGGCGGCGUCACCAUCAGGCUCAGCGCGUUCUGGCUAGUGCCCCAGUUCUUGGUGGUGGGCGUCGGCGAGGCGUUCGAAGACCCCCGAGAGGAUGAAGUCCAUAGGCACGGGUCUGUUCCUGGCGUGGCUCUUGUUGCCUCCUGGUUCCAAAGAAAAAAACUUGUUUCCUCGUUGUUUCCUAUUUUGUGUCACGUUAAUUCUGUUGCCUCGAUAGGAUUCCACGCGAAUCAACCUGUGCGGGCCAAGACCGAUCGGUCCGGUCCUCAGCGGGCCACGAGCGGGCCCAAAAGCCUGCUCGUGGCGUCCACCCUGAGCUAUGGCGUCCGCGCCCUCAAGCUCCAGCACCAGCCCCGCCUUCCUACGCCGCGCCGCUGCCCGCGUUCCUCUGCUCCGACUGCGCCCAACACCCGUGCCGGCGACCCCUUCGGCCCUCGCCACGCCGGCGACCACCAAGAACCCCGCCACCUCCUCGCCUCCGCUUGCGACGGAGGCCCGCGGGUGUGGGAGCCGGCAAUGGCCGCGGCCUUGAGUGUCUCCAGCGGGGGAGGCGGUGGCGGCGGGCUGCGGCGGGGCUGGGGCCGGCGGCUCGCGGCAGGGGGUGGCGGAGCGCUGGAGGUGGAGAUGCGAUUGGGAGUGUUUUUUUCUAUCGCUCGUAACUGUUCGGGUUGA